ACCAAAGAAAAAGAAGAAGACUAGCCGAUGGUCUCCGCCCCUUUCUCCUCCCCUGAUUCGUAUAAUUACUAUAUAGAAAAAAUGUGGCUAACUAGCGGGGAACUGGGUGGAUACAACACGAUUCACAAUGUAACAUAAGUGGAGCGAUAUAAAGAAUGGGCAGAGAAAGUCUAACGGACUUUAGAAAUGUGUUGUUGACCAGACAAAGGAAGAGUUCUACAAAACAAGGUGCUCAUGAAGAAUGGAACUAACCAUGUUUAACAUUUAACUUUGAUCAUUGAACACACCCUAAUGGAUUACGUAAACUCUGCUGAACCAGAUGUUGAUGCCUUCAUCUGCACAGAAUGUGGGGAUGGCUUCAGGCGCUACCUUGACUUGGUUAAACACAUUACUGUUCAUGAACGACUCAGGACUUAUGAACGAACAGAUUCAUUUUCCCUUGACAGUUUGCCCAAUGGGUUUCAAGUUCCCCGUGAGUAUGCUCUCCAUGAAAAUGGAACUUUCAUAGUGGUUGACAGAUCUGGACCAUCAAACAACCCUUCUGUCAAGCAGCCAUCUUCAAAUCCUUCACCUUAUCAGAAUUCAAAGACCAUUGUACUUACAACUAAGCCAGCCAAAACUGAUCUUCAUGUUAACACAGUAUCUCACUCCCAGUGCCGCAGUGUCUCUCCUCUAAAACAGUACCGAUGCGAAACAUGUGGAAAAUCGUUUAACAACAAGCUGAGUUUACAACACCAUCAACAGUAUCGGAAUUUAGAGCAAGGUUUUAAGUGCACCUUGUGUUGCAAGAUCUUCAGAGAUAAAGAGAGGCUAAGGGAACAUCUCCAAGAACAUGCCCAUGAAAUAUUUUACUGUUGUGAUCAGUGUGGAAAACGCUUUCUGAAACAAGAGACAGUGUAUGCUCAUCAAAAAGAGCAGCAUGGAUCGCUGGGGUUCAAACAAAUGGGGAAGUCAGAGAAUAGUCAAGAGAACAUAAUACAGAAAACAUAUCCCUGUAAGAAGUGUAAUCUGUGUUUUUUCUGGCUCUCCGACAUGCAGAGCCACUUACUCAGUCAUUCCAAAGACAAACUAUUAUCUGUGAACUCUUCAUCCAAAAUCGAGCAACAGUCUCAGAAAGAUGAGGUAUCACAUACCAUAGAGUACAGCGACAGCACCCCUACCGAUGUGACCAAACAGUACAGCAGCGGCACCCCGACUACCGAUGUGACCAAACAGUACAGCAGUGACGCAACUGUCGAUGUGAAGACCCACAAUGGCAAAUCUGAUUCCAAAACACCAUCCUCUUUCAGACCAUACCGCUGUGGUUUGUGUGGAGAUCGCUUCCAGCAGUUAACAGACUUGAAGGAGCAUCAUCUUACCCAUCAAACACAGGAAGAAAUUGACAAGUUAAAUAAGGAUUCAGAGUCACAAAGAGUUGUAAAAAAGUGGCAAAGGUAUACUCGCAUUGAGUGCAUCGUAACAAAAGCACCUGCAAGGAAGGGAGGAAGGCCCCCACUUUAUAAAAAAGGCUCUGGGACAAAAUUACAUCCAUGCAAGCACUGCCACCGUGUAUUCAGUCACUCAAGUAGUCUGUCUCGGCACAAUAGAUCCCACAAGGGGACUCUUCACACUUGUGUUCUCUGUGGGAAACAUUUUCCACAACGCUGUGAUGUCCGGAGGCAUAUAGCCAUGUAUCACAAACCUGAAUUAGAGAAGAAGCCAAGUCUUAAGUACUUGGCAUUGCAUUCUAAACCAGAUGGUGGUUCCCAAUUGAAUUCUGAUGUGUUGGAAAAGAAUGUGUCAUCUAAAAUAAAACCCAAAAAGUCUUUAGACAGUGUUGUUGCAGAAUUGGACAGUGACAAUGGUGAAGAUCAGCAAACCACAUCUACUGGAGAAGUGUCCGCUGCUCCUAAGGUACGGAGGAACUACAAGUGUGACCAAUGUGGGAAAAAGUUUGGACUGCUGUGUGUGUACCAACGGCAUUUGCGGUACCACAAAAGGGAACCAGGUAGUGAAAUGGGUAAGUGCCCUCACUGUCCAAGUCGCUUCCGGAGUUCUUCUGCUCUAAGACGCCAUCUUGAGAUUCACCCAAGUCAGUCAAGGGGGGAAAUGGACAUGGAAGGACGGGCAUCUCCCACUGCUGACUCCAAUCCAGACCUGGACUCUGACCAAGACAAUGUAAAGGAUUUAGUGGGUCAUGGGGACAUUGACGAUGUCAAGGGUGGGAAUGGUGAAAAAAUUGGUCCAGCAGAGGUGCUGUACGAAUGCACUGAGUGUACAGAGACUUUUUCCUCCUUGCAGAAGUUUCUGAAGCACCAGAGUUCUCAUGGGUCCGAUAACCUUGGCUAAUGGAAACUAUGCAUGGUAUUUAUAUCCGGAGGUCCGAACCCUAACUUGAGAUCAAUGCACAUACCACAUAUUGUUGCACUGUUAUGCAGACCUCAAUUCAUGAUUUACGAAAGUCUGAGUUACGUGCAUGUCUCAAGUUAGGAUUCUUGCCUUGAUGAUGGAGCAGUUUAACAAGUGUUGAAUUUUUUUAUUUUUUUUAGCAAUGACUUGAGGAACUACAACCAGUAUGGUUCUUGGGGUGGGUGGGUCAUUCAUUCUGAACCAGAGUAGGAUGACAUUGAUGUAGCACUGCAUAGAUCGAGAUGGUGACUUAAGAACUGGGAAUUACUGAGAUUUUUUAAUGUAUUUUCUACAAUCAUGUGAAUUUGAGGUUAGUUUUGUAUCAAUGUUUUAGAUUGUUUUGGUUACUUCAGUUAAACCUUUGACAAAACCCCUGGAAAUGCCAUGGGAAUAAUGCCUUAAUAUGCUCAUUAUUGAAGCUAGUAGUCGAGCACAAUUUGCUAAAGACCCAUGGACCCAUGCAAACCGUUAAGAUGCGGUAACAAUGACUGUCCAUUUUGUAAAGUAAUUAGAAAUGUUUUUUUAUUUUUUACAUGUGCAUUUCCAUUGGGAUUUCACUUAAACUAUUUAAGAGAUUAUUUAUUUGCAAUUGCCAAGCCUUUACAUCCAUGGUGAAACCUGUCAAGGUGGGAUGUUCCCAAACUACCAGACCAGGAAUGUUGGUAUCGUUUUGAAAGGCUUUCUCAUGUAUCAUCUUUUCACUAUAUUGUGGCCAUGUCUCUCAAUUCACAAACUGGUUCUGUUAUCUAGAUCCGUGGUUCCCAAUGAGGGGUACUAGGACCUCUGGGAGUACUUAGCCUAUCCACAGGGGGUACUUGAGAAGACUCAUGAGACCAUAGGCCUAGUGUAAAAUGCACAUGAGGGGGUACUUCAGGGGUUGUCUGGGCAGAGCAAAAUUCAGUUGGUGGUACAGUAACCGAAAAAGAUUGGGAACCACUGCCCUAGAUGAUUUCUGCUGCCAGUCCUCCGGGUGGCCACGGAUCUGUUAACGCAUGAUCAUGUUUUUCCUUAGGACACGACAAGGUCCAGUGAUUCCAAUGCAAGCCACACGUAGCAUUGUGAUGUAAAUUAGCCUUUUCAAAUGGUACUGUUGCUUCCUUUACUGCCUUCCAAACAAAUGCAUUGGCCCUGAUUUUAAAUGUUACUUUUAUGCCAUUAAAGUUGAAAGAAAUGUAUUUUUUCCUAGAAAUCAAAGAUUGACCUUUUUUAAAUGACCCACCAGUCAUGGUUUUCAACUAAUGAUGAAUGUGAUAUGGUGGAAAUGUCAUUUUUGUGACUUUCCAACUUGUGGUAGGCUAGAUAUUUUUCUGCCAGUGCUUUGUUGCCUACACACUGGAAUGUUCAUCCUACACAAGUUAUAAGAGAAGCACCAUGUCUAAGAUCCAUAGGAUGAUGGUUUAUAUCAAUUAUAUACACUGCUCAAAAAAAUAAAGGGAACACUAAAAUAACACAUCCUAGAUCUGAAUGAAUGAAAUAUUCUUAUUAAAUACUUUUUUCUUUACAUAGUUGAAUGUGCUGACAACAAAAUAACACAAAAAUGAUCAAUGGAAAUCAAAUUUAUCAACCCAUGGAGGUCUGGAUUUGGAGUCACACUCAAAAUUAAAGUGGUAAACCACACUACAGGCUGAUCCAACUUUGAUGUAAUGUCCUUAAAACAAGUCAAAAUGAGGCUCAGUAGUGUGUGUGGCCUGUAUGACCUCCCUACAACGCCUGGGCAUGCUCCUGAUGAGGUGGCGGAUGGUCUCCUGAGGGAUCUCCUCCCAGACCUGGACUAAAGCAUUCGCCAACUCCUGGACAGUCUGGAUGGAGCGAGACAUGAUGUCCCAGAUGUGCUCAAUUGGAUUCAGGUCUGGGGAACAGGCGGGCCAGUCCAUAGCAUCAAUACCUUCCUCUUGCAGGAACUGCUGACACACUCCAGCCACAUGAGGUCUAGCAUUGUCUUGCAUUAGGAGGAACCCAGGGCCAACCGCACCAGCACAUGGUCUCACAAGGGGUCUGAGGAUCGCAUCUCGGUAUCUAACGGCAGUCAGGCUACCUCUGGCGAGCACAUGGAGGGCUGUGCGGCCCCCCAAAGAAAUGUCAACCCACACCAUGACUGACCCACCGCCAAACCGGUCAUGCUGGUGGAUGUUUUAGGCAGCAGAACGUUCUCCACGGCGUCUCCAGACUGCCACGUCUGUCGCAUGUGCUCAGUGUGAACCUGCUUUCAUCUGUGAAGAGCACAGGGCGCCUGUGGCGAAUUUGCCAAUCUUGGUGUUCUCUGGCAAAUGUCAAACGUCUUGCACGGUGUUGGGCUGGAAGCACAACCCCCACCUGUGGACGUUCGGCCCUCAUACCACCCUCAUGGAGUCUGUUUCUGACCGUUUGAGCAGACACAUGCACAUUUGUGGCCUGCUGGAGGUCAUUUUGCAGGGCUCUGGCAGUGCUCCUCCUUGCAUAAAGGCGGAGGUAGCGGUCCUGCUGCUGGGUUGUUGCCCUCCUACGGCCUCCUCCACGUCUCCUGAUGUACUGGCCUGUCUCCUGGUAGCGCCUCCAUGCUCUGGACACUACGCUGACAGACACAGCAAACCUUCUUGCCACAGCUUGCAUUGAUGUGCCAUCCUGGAUGAGCUGCACUACCUGAGCCACUUGUGUGGGUUGUAGACUCCGUCUCAUGCUACCACUAGAGUGAAAGCACCGCCAGCAUUCAAAAGUGACCAAAACAUCAGCAAGGAAGCAUAGGAACUGAUAAGUGGUCUGUGGUCCCCACCUGCAGAACCACUCCUUUAUUAGGGGUGUCUUGCUAAUUGCCUAUAAUUUCCACCUGUUGUCUAUUCCAUUUGCACAACAGCAUGUGAAAUUUAUUGUCAAUCAGUGUUGCUUCCUAAGUGGACAGUUUGAUUUCACAGAAGUGUGAUUGACUUGGAGUUACAUUGUGUUGUUUAAGUGUUCCCUUUAUUUUUUUGAGCAGUGUAUAAGAUAGGAUGUAGUCUCGUCUAUAAAGAAACAUCAUGGCGAGUUCAGGCUUCUAAAUGGAUCUGUGUUGAACACAAGCAAUUCAGUAGAUCAGACUUGUUCAGAAUCAUGUAGCCAGAAGGAUAGAGGUGUCUUAGGGGGGAAAGGAAAAUUGCCUCUAUGACCAGCGUGAUCUUGUUCUAGAAACAUCUGCCCAAAUGCUCAGUCUGGUGGAUCAAAGAGUCAAACUUGGCCUUUGUUAGCCAAUACAGAAAGCCUGGGAGAAACUACCAGUGCAAAGGCAUUGAUUGGUUAAAUCUGUUUAAUCUACCAACCAAUCAUCUUCCACAAACACUUCCUCAUAACCUCGCAGUUGUGUGAUUUGCUCAAAUUAAAUGAUGACAAAUACUUUACUCAAGUCACUGAACCGUUCAUAUCCCAGGCUUAGAUGCACUUUGCGCAAUAGCCUGGGGACAAGGUUAUGAAAAGCGUCACUGUCCUUUGCACUGAAUUGAUUUAGCUAUUAUCUGGUUAACAGUACACGGAAUAAGGAAUUGAGUGCCGGUUAACAAACUAUGCAUUUAAUUACCUCGCUAGUUACAGGUCACGUCAAUGUGCCAUCCAGGGGUGUCUUCAUUACGUCUUACAACUUUAACAGUUUACCGUUUAAGAACCAAGAGGAACGGUGAGGGCCCAACUAAAGUUGAAAAAUGUUGAGUUGGAGUGAACGGUUUCAAACGGUUUGCAACAGAAUCGGCGUAAUUAAUAUACCCCAGGUAGGUUUGUAUUGAAUUGCUAAUGUACUUUUCCAUUCUGGAAAAUGCCAUUCUGAGCAGAGGAACAUGGCCAUUGUUUCCAGAGCCGCAAAGGUUGUGGAAAGCACAUGACUCAUUGACAUACCGGAUGAAAUCAAGUCCUGGAGCAUUACCUAUUGCUUCCCAAAAGCAAUGAAUGUCCUGUGCAAAGCAAGGGAAACAACAACCACAACACUUGCAUGAUGGACUGACUAGCUCACCACCAACUAGCUAGCGAUUCCACAUCGGCUACAUAAGUGUCUAUGUAAAGGACAUGUAAGUGAGCACGAAUUUCUCCUGAUUAGGCUUGCACAGAGGCUCAGACCUUUGCCUUACUAGCACACCUACUAACCCUCCUGAAGUGCCUUACCAGUUGGAGGAUUGCAAAAAAAUAAAUAAUUUGCUGGCAGAAGUGGGGACACUUCAGGCUGAGAGUAAUUUUCACACAUGCCCAUGUGCUACGCUCGCCCAUCAAACUUACUCAAUAGUGACCCCAGUGCAACUAUAGACCUGUGUCACGGCACCAUUGUAAAGGACGAGUACCACUUUCUCCUGAUUUGGCUCACACGAGGCUCAAACCCAGGAUACCUGCCUUGCUAUCCCACAUGACUGCCCUCCUGAAGUGUCUUACCAGUUGGCGCCAUGCAAAAAGCUAACUAUUCACUGGCGCAAGUUAGGAUAGUUCAAGCUGAGGAGUAAGUUUCACACACCCCCAUGUGCUAAAUCCACAAAUUAGACUUUCACGUAAAUCAUUCAUUAACGCCAAUGGGAGACUUACAGAGACAUUUGUUUUAAGGGUACGGAUCUCAAGGCUGAGUAACCUUAUUUACUUUUCUACAAUCAUUGGUUAGCUUGUAUGAACUUUGAGACCUGUCUUUACACCGAUAAUCAAUUGGUAGGGAGUCAAGAAAGAGUUGGGUUUUCUCCACAUGAUCAGUCAAAAGCACACUUCAUUCCAAGAAGCUAUGCUGAUCAUCAUGGAUGCAUCCACUUUAACUUACUGUACCCAAAUUCAAUCAAGCGGUUUCAUCCAUAUGAUGGUGACAGUAUGCUUGUAGGCCUGUAUUUUUAUUUUAUUUUUACUGAUGUUACAUUUAUUUGUGUCAUUGUCCCUCAUGACGUCCAUACCCAAGGUACAUGCUGACCUCCGGGUUAGAGCAAAAAAACAAAUGUGGAUAGCAGUUCUGCAGCACGAUGGCCACCUACUGGUGACGUGAUGCACUGUGCAUUCUAUGAUUAGUAUGAAAAGUGCAUUUGUUACUUGCAUUGAACACAUCAGCUCCUCCCGUUUUACCUGCUGUGCGUUAUUUGUCCAAUAGACACAUUCAUCAUUGAACCUCUUACAGAUCUCGCCUUGUUCAUGAAUAUGUCCAAUUUGUGGCCUUGUCAAACCAGCUUCUAAGGAUAGAUUGACUCAAGAUUUGUUUCCUCUUAAAUCAACUGUAAAUGGCAUAUUGGUUUGCAGAACCAUACUGUCCAAACUAUCUCCGGUCAUACCACUGGCUGUCGUUUCAUUGGAGUUACAUAGUAUUACACAAUUCCUAUUGUUUAUGCCAUAUAUUGGCCCUCAAUUUGUAUCUUAGGAAGAGAGUCUAGUUUUAUUUACCAAACCCAAUAGGCUUAGUUCUUAACUGGAUUGAUUUGACAGAAGAAUGCUUUACAUUAAGGGGUAGCUUAGUUGUUGGUUAAAGAGUGGUGUGUACAGGUCCUUGACAACCCAUGAUGUUCUCAACCCUUAAUGUAGACUUUAUCUUAUCAACAGCACCAUUCCAACCUAUUGCUUGGUUAAAUAUCAUGGAUUUGCAGUUGGUUUUGGAAUAAACAUACCCCAAAAGACAGUGAAUAGCAGUAACUGGUCUAUGGUAAGGCUCUUACAUGUGGCCCAGGCUUGCUCAUAGAAGACAUGAGUGGUUUCCCUUUAUUUUUUGUACAAAUUCUACUAUAUGCUUGAAAUACUGUCCUUACUAGGACAUGGCAUGUCAUUUUGGUAUUUCACUUCACUGGUAUGAUGUAAAGUGGUGCCGUUGCUGGAGCAAUUAAAAAAAACAAAGCCACCAUUUUGUCUCCAGUCCUUCUUGAUUCUUGCAACCAAGAUGGUGGCAACUAGGCAGAAGCAAUCCAGGGCAGACCUAAAGCAGGGACACUGCUGGUUGUUUGUUCUGCUAUGUAGACCAACCUAAGGGCUGCUCUGAAAUUGAGGUGUGAUUACACAUUGGUUCUUAAUAACAACAUAAGUGGGCAGAGCAACACAGGACAGCAGAGUAGUCGCCUGCUUUUGAGCGAACGGAGUCAUGGCACUCUCCGCAGUAGCAGCCGUUGUCCUGCACGCAUAGUGAUCACACAGAAGCCUUGAUGCACGCGGCAGGAUGUGCGCAGAAGCUGUACUGCGCAGCCAUAGAACGUGUAGGGCGGGUACUUGCAAGGUUCUCCUUCCUUUUCAUUGGUUCUAAUAGCAUAGAGUCAUAAAUGUUCCCGGGGUUCGGGCACAUUGUGUGAUUCGAUAAAGAGAAAAACAAGAAAAAAAUAUAUUUCUGAAAAACGACCAAAUUAUCAAUAUGUUCACGGAAAUGUUUAGCUAGGUAGUAACCUAAAGCAUCGAGUGACCGGAGAUAACAACAGGAGUCAGGACGGCGGUACGCAAAACUGCAUUGCCUGCUUCAUGGGUAAAUGUAGCCUUACCCACAUCAACCUGGAACCCAUGCACACAUGCUAAAGCAGGUGGAUUGGGUGUUGGAAAACAGUGGUCCCAGGUCCCCUGUGGAGGUCGAGCAUGGCUCAAGGAUUUAAUACUUGUUUUCGUAACCUUCCGCCAUUGUCGUCGGAUUCAAGGACUUUGAAUGUGCCUUCGGAUUCUGAAGAUAGUUUGGCGCACAACCUUGAAAGCCUCAUUGAGCAUAAUGACCUUUCCAACACCGUGGUUUCGCCAGAGAACAUUUCCUCGGACUUGAACUUGAGUUCAAACUUUUUCUCAAAUUCCAAUACUAGUUCUGAUUUUGUACAACAGAAAUACUAUGAUGACGUCGUUUGGCAAGAUGAGGGUCAACCAGUACAUCAUGAAGGUCAGUUUAACCACACAAGCAACAGCUUCUUUACCCCAGCUAGAGCAGCCAGUUCAAGUAAUUGCCUCUCAACUUCAGGUGCAGACCUAAACACCCAUGAUCUUAAACAAGAAUGUGACUUAUUGAACCCUUCCAUUCCGGAGGACUACUCAGAUGUUAGUAGCUGCUCAGAGUCCGAUGUUGAUAGGACAGGGCCUUCUUGUGAAAUGUUAAAACAUGGUUCAAAUGAUACUCCACUAGUUGCAGAUUACAAGAAGGAAAAUGAAUGUGCAUGGAAGAGCCCAGAAAGCAUGUCUACUUCAGAGAGUGAGGUAGAAGAGGAUCAAGAUGAACCACCGGAGAAGGAAAAGGAGACAUUCAUGCGAGAGAAUAACUACUCGGAGACCUCCGGUGCUCCAGAAAGCCUAUCUGUUUCAGAGGACGAGGGAGAAAAGGAUCAUCUGGAUGGAGAAACACAUGGGAAAGAUGAGGAGACUUGCAUGGAGCAAGAUGGUCAACACACAGAUUCUUCCUUGGGUGCCGAAGAAAGCCAGACUGCCUCAGUGAAUGAGAGAAACGAGGAACUGGAUGAUGAAGCACAGAAUGCAGAAGAGGGUUGCAUGGAGGAAGAUGAUCGGUACUCAAAUGUCAGCAACCUAGAGGGCCAAAAUGAAGGAACCAUUGUAAGAGAGAGAUUUAAAGAGAAAGAGGGGCAUUCAUUAUCCCAAGGAACUAUGGACUCGCAGGGUAUCAAUGCAUCCAACGCUCAAGAUUCUGAUAACAAGCUGAAUGAUAAUACCUGUACCCUUGAAUAUCGGGAUUCAGUUAAGGAAAAGGACUCUUUAAAGGUUGCUGGUCACGAAAAUUGCAAAAGUUCCUCUGUCAUUUGUGGAUUAGGCCUAGGGGGUAGCAAUCAAACGUUUGAGUCUUGUUUGGAAUUCCCUGAAAAUCAAUCAUUGAAAACUAGAUUUCAGGAGAUCGUUGGUAGUGGCACUCAAAGUACAAACUCAACCUAUGAGGAAAGUGCGAGUGAUUCCAUUCGUGCAAGUGGAGGGAAAGAGGAUCACAGUAGCUUUGAUUUUUUGGAGCGUUGUUUAGGUCUGAACAACUUUGGAAUUGAACAAAAGUCCUGUAUUGAAAAUGAGUGGCUAAGACCUAUGGAUGAGUCAAAUGUAUCGUCUUGUUUGGAAAAGGACCAGGCAUCCCAACAGAACCUAAUGCGCCAUAUCGAGCCACCAAACCUUGUGAGAGCUGGUCUAGAAAACACAAGAGAGACAUUUCAUAAAAUAUUCACGGCAGAUGAUGAGCAAGAACCCCCAGUGCUAAGUGAAUGCUACUGUGAACCAUUGUCAAGAGAAGAUUGUAUGCGUGGCACCGAGGGCAAUCUGGAAGGGGGGGACACCGGGUCUAUUGAUUCAACUGGGUUGAACCAGGAGAGAGGAGAUUCAACCGUUAAUAACAUUGAAGACGAGAGGGAUUUUGAGGACCAAGCAGCUCCGUUGAAAUCAUCACUGCAUAUGAAGAAAAGCAUGCACCCUAUUGUACUGCUCAGGAACUUCAAACUAAAAAAUGACACAGAUGGGGCUUAUCAGUGUGCAGCAUGCCAACAGGCCACACAAAGUAUAGACCAUCUAAUUGAGCACCACCAUUGUAACCACUCUGAGAACAAAUUCAAUUUCUGUCAGACCUGUGGUACUUACUUGACAUGUGAUUCACUAGCCAAGAAACAUCAGUGUGGUAUUAUUGAUGAAAAUGCACAACUCUCUUCUAAUAUGAAACCCCAGAAGAGAGAAUCAACCGGGCAUGCUUUUCACAAAUGUAGAUACUGCACACAGACAUUUUACAGACUGUGUGACUACAACAAGCAUGUGCAGAGCCACUCGGGUAGAACUGAACACACGUGUCAUAGGUGUGGCUCUAACUUUUCACAACGCCGUAGUCUGAACAGACAUUUACUUGAAAAGAAAUGCCGGCGUCGAAGUUCACAAGUUCCUGUUAAACAGAUUCAAACAACCCCACGUAUCAGCGUUUACAAAAAGGGAACUGUACAUCCAUAUGUCCUCCCACCAGACAGCCCCUUUGCCAAUCUUCCAGAUUGUUUUGUGAAACUAGUGGACAUUUGCAAGGAGCAUGUUUGUCGUCUUUGUGGGAAACGCUUUGCAAGCAGUGCAAAACUCUACAAGCACGGAUACAAUGUACACCAUACAAAAACUAGGUCAUAUAAUGUUCGGCCUAAGUGUCAGAACACAUACCGGUCAUAUAAGUGUCAGAAAUGCCUGAUGACAUUCAAUUAUUCAAGCAAUUUUAGCAGGCACAAGAAAAGAUGCAAAGGAGCUGAGACGAAUGAGAAAUUCAAGUGCCCUCUUUGCCCACGCCUUUUCAAAUAUUCCUACAACCGGUCCCGCCAUUUGCGCGAGCAGUGCAUUAAAGACUUUACACAGGGAAGCUCGGGGAAAGUUGAAAUGAAAUUUCGAUGCCCUUUCUGCACCACAACCUUUAGUAAUGCAUCUAACCGACAUAGACACAUAAGACUGGUGUGCCUCAAGGAAUAUAUACACAAUGGGACUUCAAGGACCAAAGCUGAACGCCAGGAAAACAUGGCCCAGAAAGAAACACAAAAGCCGCCACUGAAAACGGCACUGAAUCGAAAUGAGCCAGGUCUCAAAUGCAACUACUGUCCGGCCGUUUUUGCUUAUUCUUCUGGAAAGUACAGACACAUGAGGAAACAUAAGUUGUUUGAAAACACUGGAAAAAAGAUCAAGUUCAGGUAUUCAAGCCUAGUUCCCAUUUCUAACAAGUCCAAGGCUAGUAUUGAGGAGCCCAAAGACGGUCCACUCUCCAGUGAAGCCAGCAGCCAGCCCUUUUCCUGUCUCUUCUGUGGAAAAUGGUUCAACACUUCAUAUUCCCUGAAGAAACACAUCUGUAGUAUGCACAUGGGUGACAAACCAUAUCGCUGCCUGGAAUGUGGAAAACGUUUUGGGAAAGAAAUCCAUCUUGUCGCUCACAAAAAAGUGCACCAGCGAAGGAUACAGUGUACUGUUUGCAAGAAGAUACUUCCUACCAUUGGGGACUUGAUUCAACACAGGCAAUCUCACAUCAAAAAGGGCAUGCUUCAGUGCCCAGACUGCCCAUCGCAGUUCCAGUACCCAGUGUAUCUUCUUCGACAUAUGGCAUCACAUCACAAACUUCAGCAAGAGCAGCCACUCAAAGAGAAAAAACAGAGGCACCCCUCAAAGCCGCUUGAGUCUUUGCCACCACUCAAAGAGCAGGAAGAGGAAGAAAAGUUAGGGUGCCCCCUAUGCCCAGAGGUCUUUCACAGUGGCACAGAACUGAGUAGUCACUGCCUAAACCAUGUAUCGGAGUCCUCUACAAGUCAGUGUCCGUUUUGUAAACGCCUCUUCUCUUCCCGCACAUCUUUGGUACGCCAUAUACGCAUUCAUACAGGGGAGAAACCAUUUUCUUGUCAGAGUUGUGGAGAACCUUUUCGUCGAAAAGAGUAUCUCCAGUUGCACCAAGAAAAGUGUCCAGGUCCACAAAGCAAGCAAGAACUGCCCACUAUUAAAGAAAGUGAAGAAGUCUCAUCAAAAUCUUUGGUGACAAGAAUAAGGAAAGUAUACAAAUGUUCAUACUGUCCUCGGGAAUUUGAAAAAUUGCCCCGUUUAUUACUGCACCACAAUGGCCACAUGCAAAAUACAGUAACCCCCUGUCCAAAAUGUGGUAAAUGUUACAGACAAAGGCGCAAGUUACAUGAAAGACUUUGCAAUGGUUCAAACAUAAAAUCUAUAGAGCCAGUGAGCACUGUCUGGCAUCCUUGUAGGAAUUGUGGGAGGAAGUUUUCAAGGGAUUAUAAUCGAGAUGUCCAUGAGAGGAUUUGCCACUCUGUAAAGCCCUUGCAAAAAAACACCAGCUUUUCUGGCAACUCAAACGUCCAUCCUUGCAGGAAUUGUGGAAAGUACUUUACAAGGAGUGAUAAUCGUAAUUUCCAUGAGAAGACUUGCAACUCUGCCAAGCCCUUGCAAAACAACACCAUAGAAAUUGGGACCAGUAGCAGGGAAAAGUUGCAGCACAAAUGCCCCCACUGUCCAAGCAAGUUCAAGUACAGAAGUUUUCUCCUGAGACAUAUUGGGUCACACACUGGAGAAAGAUCAUAUCCAUGCAUGCACUGUGGUCACAGCUAUGGAAUCCAGUCACGAUGCUUACAGCAUGAAGCUUUCUGUGAUGGUGUUAAUCGGCAAAAGCCACCAAGCGCCAGCCUUGGUGAAUAUAAGUGCAAUAUCUGCACAAAAAUCUUCAUGAAAUCCCGAAACUUAAGGCGGCACAUCCUAACGCACACAGAGGUAAAGCCAUAUCGCUGUAAGGCCUGUGACAGCUGUUUCUCCAGACAUGAUCAUCUAAAACUGCACCAGAGUCGCUGCAAAGGGAAAAGACAACGUUUAGAGGUUCGCAUUGCCAAAAUUAGUCUGUCAGAUGUUGGAAUGGGCUGGCAAAAUAACCUGAACAUUACCGAUUCAGGAAAGCAACAAGGGUUUGACUGCAGCAUAUGUUCAAAGAGCUUCCCCACUCACAGCAUUAUGGCCCGACAUAUUGCCAUGUCACAUGCUAUAAGAACUGUCAGUUCAUUUACUCAUGAAAAAUCACUUAAGAGACAUAUAAACAUUGGUGCAUGUCAAAGAAUUUAUGCAAAAACAAAGCAUUCAGAAAAGCUAAAUGUUACAAGCCCACCAUCAAGAGAGACAAACCGACUUCUACAGAGGAUCCAGCUGCAAUAUAAAGACAAACGCAAAUUCAAAUGUACUUUUUGCCCUCGUCUUUUCAAAAGUGGUGAGCAAUUGAGGGUGCACACCCGCUUGCAUACAGGGGAGAAACCUUUUGGAUGUUCUAAUUGUGGUGAGAGAUUUAUCCGUAGGGACUACCUGCAGCGCCAUUUGAACAGGUGCAAAGGGGAACAUCUUGACAGAGUGCUUUGUGACAGAUGUGGUGACGUAUUUUCGCAAGAUGAACUCGAGAACCAUCAACUGACAUGUGUUGUCAAAUGUAAAUCACCUGCCCAUAGUCGAACUGAGUCCACUGCUGGCAGUCCACCAAAAGGGUUCUCCUGUGCUAAUUGCAGUGCCCGCUUCUUGUUGUUCUCUCAGCUCCAGCAACACUUUCUCAACACGCAUCGAGACGCUCCAACAAAUCAGGCUUCACCUCUACAGGAGCAGUUGUCUACUAUGGUGAACAUAAAAGAGGAGUCUUUGGAUGAAGGAUAUGGUGACACUCGGCAGAAUAGUGAUAACAAUCUCAUGUUUGAUCAAGACAGUGAUCGAAAUAAUGAUAUGAACAAACUCAUUAAGUGUCCACAGUGCAACAUCAACUUUGGAAAUAAGGGUGGAUUUGCCAGACACAUGCGUACACAUUUAGGACAGUACCCAUUCAACUGCAAGAAAUGCAAUAAAGGCUUUUGGAACAAAAACUUAUGUCGGACACAUGUAAGGAAAUGUAGACUUGUAAAGGUCACGAAAGUAGAAGUUCACACUGACUUUGUAAUUACUUCAGAGAUGGAUCCUACUCUUAAAGAGAGUGUCCUAGUCUUCAACCAAGGUUCCAAAACAACAGGCACUGGGGUUUUGCAGACUAAUUUCUCCUGCAAAGAUGACAUGAAGGAUAUAACACUACAGAAUGCCUCUGGAAAUCAAGGCAAAGGAAGAUCUUCCAAUGAUAGAAGAAAUAGUGGUCAACAAGUCCCAGGCAACAAGUACCAGUGCUCAGAAUGUGAUAGAAGUUUCACAGAUGGGCUUCUGCUCAUCAGCCAUUUAGAGGACCAUGGGCGCGAGGAGCUAGAAAGAAAAAAGAAAUUCUGUCAGCCUUGUGGUAAGACGUUUGCUAAUCCUUCAGACCUAGCAAGGCAUAUGAGAGGCCACUGGAAUGAGAAGAUAUUUUCUUGCCCACAAUGUCCACAGACUUUCCCCUGCCCUUCUGACCUUGACAUCCAUAGAACUUGUCAUGACUCAAAUAGACCAUUUGUCUGCAAAGAGUGUCAACAACGGUUUUGGACCAGUCAAUCUUUAGAAAACCAUCAAAGCCAAGCUCAUUCAAAAGAACUAAUUUAUACAUGCCAUGUCUGUAACAAGAACUAUUCAAUCAGAAGUUCACUUGUUAAACAUAUUAGGAUGAAGCAUCAAACCCAUAAGAACAUGGAUGUUGUUAUCCACAUGAAGGAAAAGGAGACAGCAGUGCAAGAGGAAUUUGACAUGGAAGUUGAUGUGGAUGGAGGAAGUAAUGAUGAAGAUGAAAAUGAUGCUAAUGAGGACAAUGACUCUGACUCUGCAGACUACUUCCCCUGCCAUGUCUGUGGGAAAACGUUCACCACAUCAGAAAGCCUUGAGGAUCACCAACGCUGUCACCUCGGUGAAAAACCUCAUGAGUGUGCAGAAUGUGGCAAGUGUUUUUUCCAGGCAGGGCAACUGCAACAGCACCUUCGGAGCCACAAGUCUGAGUAUCAGUGUCAAAUAUGUGGCAGAGGUUUUGUCUCACUCUUUGCCUUACGCAAACACAAGCAUACUCAUGGAAAGAGCCGUCAACACCGUUGUUCCAAGUGCCCGCUCAGCUUCACAGGGCCCUCGCAGCUGGCAGAGCACAUGGGCACCCACCGCGAUGACAAUUUCCCUUGUGAUAUAUGUGAUCGCACAUUCUCCUGCAAGAUGAGUCGGGCAGAGCACCGGAAAAUCCACAUUGAGACAGAGGAUGUUCCACCACCUUUACUUCCUCCAGAGAAGACUGCAUCCUCCUCUUCUACUGCCUCUUCCUCUACAAUGAAGCACCUUCAAUAUCGUUGUGGGGUUUGCGAUGAACGUUUCAAAGAACCCGAACAACUGUCUGAGCAUGGGUGCCUGGCUGCCAGAGAGCGACCUUAUUCAUGCCAAGAAUGUAAUAAGCAUUUCUUGCAUGCAUCUCACUUAAACAAGCACGAGCUCAGUCACUACCAAAUACCACAAUCGUACGUGUAUCGGUGCAAUCAAUGCCACAUGAGUUUCAACUACCGUCACAAUUUUGUCAGUCAUUUAAAUGAACACGGUGACGAUGAGGCUGCUGCAGAAGCUCUGAAAGGAGGCUCAGUGACAAAUGCUUGGGAAACUGUUUCAGAGAAGAGAACCAUUUACAAAUGCCCAAUUUGCUCUCACAUGUUUGCUCAUGCCAUAGAAUUGGCAAGUCACCUUUCCAUACACUCUGAGAACACGUUUGCUUGCAGUGUUUGUAAGUUGACAUUUCCCACCAAAAGCAAGCUUGCUGAACAUGAGCGAAGCCAUCUGACUGCUGCAACACAAUACAAGUGCACAGAGUGCGAUCAGAGCUUCUUGGGCAGUGAUUUUCCCCACCACCACUGUGCACGUCGGCAACGUGCUGUGACAGCCCAUGAACUCCCACAUCUGUCUAAUAGAAAGUCAAUGGAGGAAGAGGUGGAUGUUGGGGAGGACUUCUUUAAUUGUACUGUCUGCUUAAUGCGAUUCUCUUCUCGCGGUAGUCUCCAGCAGCAUCUAAACAAAGAGCAUCACAAUGAACGGCCAUUCAAGUGCCAGUCUUGUGGAAAGACCUUUGCUCUGAAGAGAUAUCUCAGAGACCACGAGCGAAGACAACAUAAAUUUGGCACUGAACGAGCCCACCCGACAUACAAAGCCACAGACAGUGAGAGCCAGUACAAGUGCUCAGUUUGCCCCAAAACAUUAACCUCGGCACACGACCUGUCAUUGCAUAUGAAAGUGCACACAGAACAGGAAUCUGGAGGAGACCACCGUUGUGACAUGUGCUAUAAAUCAUUCAGUCGACUGUCUCUUCUCAGGCAGCAUCAAGAAAGUCAUGUUGGACAAGUUGUAUAUGAAUGCACAGAGUGUGACAAAGCGUUUGCUUUCCCACAUCUUCUAGAGGAACAUCAAAAGACUCAUGCUGCUGGACCAUAAGUCUUUUUCCCCACCCUCAAAAUCCUCCCACUAACUAAAUGUAAAAAGACGAGUUGGACAAUGGACAUAGAAACGACCUCCUGCCUCACUGAUUGUGUUCAAUUAUCCAAUGAACUCAGUAAUGUCAUAGAAUUGUGUUCUUUUUCUGGUGCUGUUUGCAGUCAUCAAGCAAUUUUGUGUUCACACUUCCAUCUUAAUCGUUUAACGUUUUUGAUUGGCUCACAAGAUGCUUAACUGUGUUUUUACCCCAUGUCUUUUCAAAUGUUUGGCCUAAAACCUGGUUCGUGGAAAGGUUUAGAUUAUAUUUACAGAUUUCCUCCUAUUUUAACAUUUUAUAUCUGGUCAGAACUGCAGUUCAUUGAUACUAUUACCUUUCCAUAGAGCACUAAUUUGUAACAGCCUCCAUAUUCAAUUGUAUAUAGUUAGUAGUCUUAUGUGCCCUGAAUGCGAUUACAAAAGUUUCAGUUUACUUAUAUGUAAGCUUUUGACCAUGGAAUGAAUUCCUAACAAUGAUAAAGUAUAAUGGGCUGUCACUGACAGUUUUAGGAAUCCAUAUUGACCCGGUUGUUUGUUAAAGUUUUUUUGUUCUGCUUGCUAAUCUAUUACUCUGCCUAACCUUCUAAACAUAUUAUCACUUAGACUUUAAUAAUGACGUGGGAUACUUUUAGCCAUGUAUGAUCCAUGUAGCCCUUCUAAACUUUCCAAAUUCAAAACCACAGCAUUGUGUAUAUUAUGUAAAUAUGACAUGAUCGUAACCAUUUUAAGUAUUUGACAUGAAAUUUACCAUUGUUGUAAGCUAUUAAUUUUCCCUGUGUUCAGAAACAUUCUAUCAUUCAUUCAAAUGCCUUAAAUAUGUGUUUUGGAUGUAGUAGUUCAAGGGCAACAUUUGUUGACAUUUUUUCCUUAUUGGGUGUUACUUUUGUAUGAAUGGUGUUUCAAUCACAUUAAUAAACAAAAUAAACCAGUCAACUGGU